AUGGCAGCUCUGUUGGUUAAUAACUUUGCUAGGUCAUCUCUGCCGCAAGCAAUAAAUGUCUCCAGAUGUAUCUCAACAGCUCCAACUGUUCUCAGUCCUAGGAAAAGUAUCAAGGAUAGAACAGGCAAAAAUAUUGUGUUUGUUGAUGGAGUGAGGACUCCUUUCCUUUUGUCAGGAACUGACUAUGCUAAAAUGAUGCCACAUGAAGUUGCCAGACAUUCUUUGAUGGGUCUUCUAAAUAAAACAAAACUUCCUAAAGAACUGGUUGACUAUAUUAUAUAUGGUACCGUUAUUCAGGAAGUAAAAACAUCUAAUAUUGCACGAGAAGCAGCUCUAACUGCUGGUUUUUCUGACAAGACACCUGCUCAUACAGUCACAAUGGCUUGUAUCUCAUCAAACCAAGGCAUUACUACUGGUAUUGGAAUGAUAGCUGCUGGUGCUUAUGAGAUUAUUGUUGCUGGAGGUGUUGAGAUGAUGUCCGAUGUACCUAUUCGUCAUUCCCGUAAAAUGAGAGCUCUUAUGCUACGUGCCAACAAAGCCAAGACUCCAUUACAAAAGCUUCAGCUUCUUGCAUCUAUAAGGCCAGACUACUUCAUACCAGAACUGCCUGCUGUGUCAGAGUUUUCAUCUGGAGAAACUAUGGGUCAUUCAGCUGACCGGCUAGCUGCUUCUUUCAAAGUGAGCAGAGAAGAACAAGACAAGUAUGCUCUCCGAUCACACUCCAUGGCUAAUGAUGCCUUUAAUAAGGGAUAUAUGACUGAUAUAGUGCCAGUUAAAGUUUCUGGCUCAGAUAAAAUUGUAGACAAAGACAAUGGAAUUCGAGUUUCUACUUCAGAAGCCCUUGCAAAAUUGAAACCAGCUUUUAUCAAACCUCAUGGAACAGUCACUGCUGCCAACUCAUCAUUUUUAACUGAUGGAGCUUCGGCUUGCUUGAUUAUGUCAGAAGAAAAAGCUAAGCAGCUUGGACUAAAACCUAAGUGCUACUUGAGGGACUUCAUCUAUGUAUCUCAAGAUCCUAAGGAUCAACUUCUACUUGGCCCAACCUAUGCAACGCCCAAAGUUUUAGAAAGAGCAGGGCUGCAGAUGAGUGAUAUCGAUGUUUGGGAAUUCCAUGAAGCCUUUGCAGGACAAAUUUUGGCUAACUUUCGGGCUAUGGACUCAGAUUGGUUUGCACAGAAUUAUAUGGGUAGAUCAUCGAAAGUUGGUUCCCCUGAGUUAUCCAAGUUCAACAAUUGGGGAGGUUCUUUAAGUAUUGGUCACCCAUUCGCUGCUACAGGUGUGAGAUUAACGGUUCAUGCUGCAAACAGGCUGAUAAGAGAAGAUGGAACAUUUGGUCUCAUUGCUGCAUGUGCAGCUGGUGGCCAGGGUGUUGGAAUGAUUGUUGAGAGGCAUCCAGAUGGGCAAGCUUCAUAA